AUGAAUGAUAAGCAUUCCAAAAACAACUAUCCAAAUUAUAAUGAAAGGAUUUAUGCAUAGCCUUAAUAACCAAAUAAAAGAGAUUAAAAACUCAGCAGUAAAUAAUCUUAAAACUUAAGUAAAAACUAGAGGCAAUAUUAAAUAGAGCAAGAAGGAGAUAGCCAAUAAAGCUAGUGCCAAUGCAAUAAAAAUCAAAAAUAAGGCUCAUAGAAUUCUGGUAAAAAUCUAAUUCAAUCAGAUUAGGUGUAAAUUGAAAAAGAUAAGGAUGGGUAUAGUAUGUUUAGUCUGAGUAAUAGAAAGAAGGUUGUGAUUAAAACUUAUAGGAAAUAGAUCCUUGUAGAUUUUAGAGAAACAUUUGAGAAAAAUGGUGAGCUUUUAUACACACAAAAAGGAGUGUCACUAAGUCUGGAGAUGUGGGAUAAAUUAAAGUAGAUCAUGCCUUUAAUCGACAAAGAAAUAUAAAAGAUUAAGUGA